UGGGUCCUGGGGGGCUCAGGUGGGUCCUGGGGGUCUCAGGCUGGUUGUGUGUAAAGGAGGCAUUCAGGACCCUGUAGAUGGCAUCUGGAACUUGGGAAAGCAUGGGGUCUCUUGGCAGGAUGCGAUGGGGACAGGAUGUGUGGGUGUCGCUUGUCCAUAUGUGUGUUUCCGUGUGGUCUGUGCAUGUGUGUACGUGUGUGUAUGCCUGACUCUGGGACAUGAAUCCCCCACCUCCUGGGAGAGCCUGCGGGUCAGCUGGGAGCUGGGUUGUUUUUGUUUGUGGUUUGACCCUUGGAGGGGGGUGCCAAGCCUGAGAAACUACCCACAGAGAAGCCCCCGGAAACAUCUGUGAGUCUUCUUCCCCCAGGCCCAGGGUGGGGGAUCGGCCCGGGAGGGAGGUUUUCUUGCUUCUCUCAGGCCUGCCUAGGGGAGGCUGUCCCUGGGGUAAACAUCAAGUUAGUAAAGGUGACAGCAAACCCUACAGGAUUUGGGGACUUUUGAAGGUAGCUGGGAAGAGGCGGAAGGAGUGUUUGGAAAAGACACCUGAGUAGAGGAGACCCAGGCAGCCUUCUGGUUGGCUUUUCCUGUUCUCUCUCAUUUCCUGUGAUGGCAGUGGGGGAAGGGCUCCCCAGCACUGGGGCCUCGCCCUCAGCUUGUUUCCUUUCCCUUUCCCCCCUGCUGACCUCCCCAGAGGCACAGCUGGAGCAGCAGAGACAAGGUAGCUGUACUCAGCCUUUGGGAUUGAGUCCUCUGGGGUUUGCCAAGCCUUGGGAAGAGCCAUUAUUUGUUGACGCAUUCCAGGGAAGGAACCCCAAAUCUUUUAUACUUGGAUAAGGCCAGCUGGCUGUGGAAGUCUCUGGUUCUGCUUCUGCUGAGGGCCGAGACUCUCACACGGGAGACAGUGUUGUGUUGUGGGGUGCUCCAUGUCACGAAGCCACAGACGAGAGAGACUUUGGACAUUAGGAUUGAAUGAGAUGUUAAAGAGACAUCCUGAGUAGCUGUGGUCACACAGGCCUGAAGUCAGGAGACUUCUUGACGGGGGAGCGGGGGUUUCUAAGGGAAAGUCUGAGAAGCUCCCACACCAGGAGGGGAGGGGCUCAGAAACGUACUCCAUCUAGGAGUGGAGGCCAGCGUCAAAGCCAGCCUGUUCCCCAGAGUGCCUGGCUAGCCUGGAGCAAGGGCCCGCAGCCCUGCCUGUGUGCAGGGUGGCGUGUCUGUGUGGGUGUGCUAGAGGAGGAGGAAGCAGAGCCAGCAUACCGGGGCUGUGCGGGCUGUGCGGGCUGCGGAGCUGUGGGGCGUCCAGACACACACACAGGCACACAGAUGCGAGCUGUGUGAAUCACCCAGCCUGUGAGUCAGCCCCCAGGAUUCCUGUCGGGGAAUGAGUGAGGCCAAGGCUGAGGUCUGCCAGUCCAUCUGCUGAUCUGUCUGCCUCCUGCCCCUGCUGGUGUGGAUGCAUGUGUGUGUGUGUGCUGUAGGAGGUGGUGGGGAAGGUGCCUGGUGCCUGGGAAGGCUUUGGGCCGAGGUGGGAGUUUGAAACUCCAGGUCAUGGAUUUGCACAUUAGUUUGGAGCGAGGGAGGUUCUGUGUCUUGUGCAGAGAUUCUCCUGGAGACUGUGUCCCCUACCACACACAGAGCUCCACAGAGAGGGCUGGAGGGCAGAGGCCAGGGUCUGGGAUGCCUCAGAGGGCAAGUGGGAGGGAUGAGGAUCCCGGCUGGGAGCCCACCUGCUGCUGCCUGCCUGCCACUUAGAGCCUUCUCAUUCCCAUUCCAGUUGCCUGUCCCGGCCACAGAGCGCCCCGUGCACCACCAUGACUGGGCUGUUGAAGAGGAAAUUUGACCAGCUGGAUGAGGACAACUCCUCGGUCUCCUCCUCCUCCUCUUCCUCUGGGUGCCAAUCUCGCUCCUGCUCUCCAAGCUCUUCUGUCUCCCGUGCCUGGGACUCAGAGGAGGAAGGUCCCUGGGAUCACAUGCCCCUGCCUGACCGUGACUUCUGUGGCCCCAGAAGUUCUACCCCCCUGUCUAUCCUGAAGCGGGCUCGCCGGGAGCGCCCAGGCCGGGUAGCCUUUGAUGGGAUCACCGUCUUCUACUUCCCCCGUUGCCAGGGCUUCACCAGUGUGCCCAGCCGUGGCGGCUGCACUCUGGGCAUGGCCCCUCGCCACAGUGCCUGCCGCCGAUUCUCUUUGGCUGAGUUUGCGCAGGAGCAAGCCCGAGCCCGGCGCGAGAAGCUCCGUCAGCGCUUGAAAGAGGAGAAGUUGGAGAUGCUGCAGUGGAAGCUUUCGGCCGCUGGGGUACCCGACACAGAGGCAGGGCUGCUGCCUGCGGUGGAUGCCAUCGAUGACGCCUCUGUGGAGGAGGACUUGGCAGCUGCUGUGGCAGGUGGCCGGCUGGAAGAAGUGAGCUUCCUACAGCCAUACCCAGCCCGGCGACGUCAAGCUCUGCUGAGGGCUUCAGGCGUGCGAAGGAUCGAUCGGGAAGAGAAGCGGGAGCUGCUGGCACUGCGCCAAUCCCGGGAAGAUUGUGGCUGUCACUGUGAUAGGGUCUGCGACCCUGAGACCUGCAGCUGCAGCUUGGCAGGCAUCAAGUGCCAGAUGGACCACACCGCGUUCCCCUGUGGCUGCUGCAAGGAGGGCUGUGAGAACCCCAUGGGCCGUGUGGAGUUUAAUCAGGCUAGAGUUCAGACCCAUUUCAUCCAUACACUCACCCGCCUGCAGUUGGAGCAGGAGGCUGAGAGCUUUAGGGAGCUGGAGGCCCCUGCUCAGGGCAGCCCGCCCAGCCCUGGUGAGCAGGCCCUGGUCCCCACUUUCUCACUGGCCAAGCCCACAAUGAGCAACGAGCUGGGAGACAACAGCUGCAGCAGCGACAUGACUGAUUCCUCCACGGCAUCGUCCUCAGCAUCGGGCACUAGUGAGGCCCCUGACUGCCCCACCCACCCAGGCCUCCCUGGCUCCGGCUUCCAGCCUGGCAUGGAUGAUGACAGCCUGGCACGGAUCCUGAGUUUCAGUGACUCUGACCUCGGCGGGGAGGAGGAGGAGGAGGAGGAGGAAAGGAGUGUGGGGAACCUGGACAACCUCAGCUGCUUCCAUCCAGCCGACAUCUUUGGUACUAGUGACCCUGGUGGCCUGGCCAGCUGGACCCACAGCUAUUCUGGCUGUAGCUUUGCAUCAGGCAUCCUGGAUGAAAAUGCCAACCUGGAUGCCAGCUGCUUCCUAAAUGGUGGCCUUGAAGGGUCAAGAGAAGGCAGCCUUCCUGGCACCUCAGUGCCACCCGGCAUGGACGCUGGCCAGAGCAGCUCAGUGGAUCUCAGCUUGUCUUCCUGUGACUCCUUUGAGUUACUCCAGGCUCUGCCAGAUUAUAGUCUGGGGCCUCACUACACGUCACAGAAGGUGUCUGGCGGCCUGGACAACAUGGAGGCACCUCACUUCCCCCUGCCUGGCCCCUGUCCACCUGGGGAUGCCAGCAUUUGCUUCCUGGAGUCCCUCAUGGGUCUCUCCGAGCCAGCCGCCGAAGCCCUAGAUCCCUUUAUUGAUAGCCAGUUUGAGGACACUGCCCCAGCAACUCUGAUGGAGCCUGUGCCGGUGUGAGGACCAGGAUGCCUUUUCCCAGCCCCAAAGCCCUGUUGCUGCUCUCUUGUAAUUGUGGGGCUCCCCAGAGUCUCUGUGUGACAGUCUCCCACUGGCUGGCUCACCCACAGGUGCCAAGCGCACACUCCUGGUUUUCAUACAACUCUGGAUUUAUUUAUUUGUUUUAACUUUUCUGUGCUGAAAAGAGGAUUGGAGGGGGGUACCCCUUUGAGCUGCCAGGCCCCCCACACCCACAGCCUGCUCUUCCAUCUCCAUAACGUGUACCUGGAAGAGGAGAAAGUGUGGCUCCCUGGAGCUUGGUCUUUGUGUGAUGUUCCUUAACCCAAAGACCGUGAGACAGGGCUGUGAAAUCAGGUGGCAGAAGCCACCCUCAGCCCUAGACCCAUGGAUGGCUAAAUCCUCAGGACUGUGAAGACUGUAAUUUAUUUCCGUAACUUAUUUGGAGAUUGAGGAGGCUUUGGUUGCUCCUCUCUGGCGGGUGGGCAGUGCCGGUGGUGGGGUGGGCACAGGCCCUCAGGAGCCCCUUUUGCCUUGUACUUCUACACCCUGCCCUGCCUUUAGUGUAGACUAGGUGUGGAUUCGAGCUCUAUGAGCUAUGUCUGCUGCCUGGCUCCUGGAUGGCUCUGCAGGCAGGGGCUGGCCAAGGACACCAUCUGGGCAGGGGGAGAGGCUGGGCUAACCAGCUGUGACCAAAACUCCCUUCUGCCCCACACUGCCCUCUCCACUUCCUGCCCUCUGUUCCAUCUUCCCCCUCCCCAAAGGCCAUAGCCUUUCUUCCAGGCCCAGGGAUGUAGGAGGGGGAAGGAGGAAACAGGAGGCCCAGAGAGGGCAAGGGGCCUACCUCGGGCGCGAGCCAUGCCCCAGCCUAUUAUCUCAGGGCUUUCUGGGCACUGCACUUCAGCCUGGCCCACCUGCCCAUACCCUGAGGCCAGUUAGCGAGGGGUGUCUCCUGAGGGCUUUUAUACCGUUUCUUUGCUAAUGUUUAAUUUUGCAUCAUAAUUUCUACAUUGUCCCCGAGUGUCAGAACUAUAAUUUAUUCCAUUUCUCUCUGUGUCUGUGCCAAGAAACGCAGGCUCUGGGCCUGCCCCCUUGCCCAGGAGGCCUUGCCAGCCUGUGUGCUUGUGGGAACACCUUGUACCUGAGCUUACAGGUACCAAUAAAGAAGCUUUAUUUUUAA